UUCAACUUGAGUUCAAUCCUUAAUAUUUGUUGUUAAACUGUGUUCAUAAAGUAUUUUAAUAAAAAGAAAAUUAUUUGUUUAUAAAUAGAGGACGCUUACAGGCAAUCAUUUAAUUAGUUUCAAGCAAAUAAUAUUCGGUUAAUUGUGGAAUUAUGUGUUUUGUCUAGUCUCCAAAGCGGUUUCCAAUAAGCAUACAAAAAGUUACUUCAAUGUAAAGGAAUGGCAUAAGUUUCUUAUUACGCCUCGGCCAUUGAUGGAAGUAAAUACUGUUAUAAAGGACCUUGGACACAAACAAAUAAUGUGCUUGCAGGGAAUACUAAGGGAAAGCCGAUUCAAUAAUUUAAUUUCACUGUAAGUUGGUGUUGCUACAUCUACCUUUAAGGAAGCAUGACCGAUAAGCUGAAACAAAAUAGGCUACCUAAUUUUACGCCAGCUGAAGAAAGCUUUUUACUAUCAUUGGCAAAUGAACAUGUUGCUUUAAUUGAAAGCAAACCAACUGAUGGACAUAUCUGGGAGGAGAAACGAAAAGUGUGGGAAAACAUUGAUAUUGAAUUCGGUAAAAAGUUUGGUUUUAGGAGAGGUUGGAAGAAUCUACGUAAAAAAUAUGAUAAUUUGAAGCGUAAAUUAAGACGACUGGAAAGCAAAGAAGGAAACGUUGGGCAAAUGUUGGAAAAUGUGAUGGUUGAUGAAGCAGACACACAGAGCACAGAUAGUGUCGAUAAAGAUGACGCUUUUGAAACUGAGCCUGAAAUUAAUCAUGAUUUGAAUGAUGAAACAGUCCAAAGCUGCAGUUUAGACGAUCCAAACGAAGAUUCAGAACCAAUUGAAAACGAAGACGAAAACAAGUGGUUCUCAUCGUAUUCCCAGUACUCUGCACAAAAUAAAAAAAUAAAGUCUGUUUUUCUCAGACCUGAUCGAAGAGAACGUUUUAGUGUAAAGGAGGAAUUGCGGUCUGCUGAAAGGCAUCGUUGGGAUGCUAACAGAAAUAAACGGGAAGCUGAAAAGCACAAAUGGGAGUUUGAAAAACACAAAUUGGUUGUAGAAAAGCAAAAAUGGGAGCUAAAGGAAGCCAAACUAAAAGCUAAGAUUUUGCAAAUGAAGUUAAAGAACUUUUUAACUGGAAAUGGUUCAAAAAGUCCAAUCAGCGAUAUGUAUGAAGAUAGUGUGCAAGUAAACCCCAAAUCUCAUACAGGAACGCAGGUUUAUACCAACGCACACAAUAAUGAUGAAGCUCAGAACUUAAACAGUAUCGACACAUUUGUUACAAACAUUAAAGUCGAACCCGCACUUGAAAUUAUAGACAUUGGGAAUGACUCUGCAAAUAACUUUACCGAAGACCGCUCCUCAAGCAGCCGAAGCGAAAAGCGCAUACGCUUAGAUGCAAGAGAGUAUGUCAUCGAUGGUAGUAGCUGUAAAAAACUGAAAACAAUACAACCGGCUUUCAGUGAUGAGCAACUUCAGUGGGAACAAGCUUUAAAGAAUGAUAUGCUCGAUACUCCUAAAAGCCAUUUGCUUGAUACCAUACAGUUAGUUAACGCUAAUAUUAGUCCAUAUGUGGGUGAUGAUGAUGAUGACAUUGAAAGCGAUACUUGUAAUAUUCCAAACGAGGAGUCCAUGCUUUUAGAGACAACAGCUGAUGAUCAAAUGAGAGUUGCAACGAAUGAUCAUGGUUUCUUAACGCUGCUAAGCAAGCAUAAACUGCAACACUACUUGCCUAAAUUGAAAGAAAUUAAUAUUGGCAUAGACUACCUGCAAUAUAUACAAGAAACGGACAUUCGAGAUAUAUGUGGUCGCGAUAUUAGUGCGCGUUUACGAUUUCGUGCAUUAUUGGAAGAUUGGCGUACAGCUCAUAGAAAAUCGCCGCAAUUGGAAAUAGAUACGACCAAAAGAGAUAUUGCUGAACUCAAAGCGCUUAUAAAGGAUGCACAAAAUACAUUUUCAAAAGCCGGAGCAUCUGAAGAAAGCAAAGGGAAACAAAACUCCAAUUAUAAUAAGGUCUUACCAGCAGAACCAUUCCAUUCUGUAUUAGAUUUUAAAGUGUUUGAGGAGUUGAUUAAAACCACCGAAGAAGCAUAUCAAAAUUUGAUAGCUGAAUUACUCACACAAAAUAUUAGCAAUUCUGUAAAUUUUCUCAAAGCCUCAUGGCGUCGCAUAAUGAGUGAUCAUGUUGCGCAGCAUUUUUGUUGGACGGGCACACAAGAAAAGCCCGCUAUACGCACAUUAAGCGUAACGAAGGCAUUGAAAGAGGCUUAUCAGCGUAAAUUUGAUUACUGCACUUACGACGAUUUCCAACGUGCGAUACAACCAUUUUUCCAACAUGCAAAGACACGUUUGCAGAAAAAACAAAACUACGAGAAAUUGAAAGCGACCAACACAACAUUUUAAAGUUAGCUGUAUGCAAGUAGGUGCUUAGCAUUUAAGUUUAAGUUAUGUUUAAGCGAUGGGUGUUAAUUUACGCGUCGUGGACAUUUGCGUGUACAGUUUCAGUGGAACUAAUCUUAAGGGGAAAUUUUAAUAUUUAUCUUUAUAGAUUUAUUUUAAAUAGUAUAUUUAUCACUUAUAUGUAUUAAGCGCUUUAGUAAGCUUAAAUUAUUAGUUUAAUUGAAUUUAAAUCAACCAAACGAAGUAUGUGGCAACUUUGCGCAUUUUGCUUAGUUGAUAUUAUGCUGGAAGUUGUUGUUGUUAUAACGGUUAUCCAAACCACCUUGAACCGGCAUGCCUAAAUUAAUUGUAAUCGAUGUCAUCUAACGGGAGGCCCAGGAAACAAGCUGUUUCGAUGGGGUCGGAACCAAAGGGAAAAGUUGCUAAUGGCUCCUUUGUGAAUGGCGUUCCAUGUUGGUGCUACACUAGGUUCAGGUGGUGGGUGAAGGUCGGGAGUAGCAAGGCCCCAACUGUCUUCAUUUCUGGAGAAAAUAGCGUUAUCCCCUAGGUUUGUGGUGGGACCACUCUUCCGGUUUUCCACGAUUCGGGUAUGUUAAGAGUGGUCAUCGACAGUAUGAGGACCUUGGUGGAAAGUUUACUCGCGAACUGCAAUGGGUGGUAAUUUGACACCAUGGACGCAAUUCACUGGGAGGGAGUGAAUGAAGAUGAUAGCUACUCUGUUAAUGGCGUUCAAUGCUUGUAUGAAGUACUACCAACUUGCGAUUUGAGUACAUUAUUGUGGGUCCGUAGCUUGAUCAUAGUCAGCGUGGUACUCUCUAACCAUGUAUCCUCUUCUGUAUAACAGCGCGCCAUUCUUUCAUCCUUUUGACAGUUUGGCGUCAAUUGGAAAUCCCGAGUGUUGUCAGGUACUUCUCCACCUGAUCUUUCCAUUGCAGUGGAGAUCUUCCUCUUCUUCGGCUACCACCACAGGGUACUGUCUCGUAUAUCUAAUACAAUCUAAUCAAAUGUAUCCAUCGGAACUUCCGAUUUUACAGUAGUGGAAUCGGUCGUGAAAUCAGUUCUAAUUAUUACUUCGGUACUUUCACGCAAACAUUGCUUCUUUCCUUUAGUUUCUUUUAAUAUCUAUUUCCUUCUUUCCAUAAUUAUAUCAUGAUAAAUCUUUCUAUGGGUAUUAUUCCCUUUCUUGUUGGAUAUAUUUCAUAGAAUUAUCGAAUUUUGCUACGCGUUUAUCGGAUGAGACACAGUUUUUCAUUAUCAUUUACUUGAAUGAAAUGUAUUAGUACAAUCCCGUAGAAUACCCCAGCAGUAGUCAGCCAUUCUAUGCCGAUCCAAUCGAUCUUGGUACCUCUCCUCCUGGUGAAACCGCUCCCAUUGUUCUUCGCUAUAGGAUACAGGAUUCUCUUGAAAUUUAUCCAGAUCACUAUGGUGGUAGUGCACUUUGAUGGAGAUAUUAGAUGCCAAUUUCUUGAAGCCCUCUGGCAUGAUUUGCAAUUAUUUGACUUAUGAUUUCCAAGAAUCUCGACCAAUUUUUUUUCGUUUUGUUGACCAGUGUUAUGUAUGCCUCUAUUAUGUAUGGAUACUAGCGUAUAGUUGUCGGUCUACUAACACUGGAUAACUAUUGUCUGGCGAUGGUGUUUUUAUUUGAAUUUUAUAUGGCAAUGUUUCCACUCAAAGUAGCUAACGCCACAUGGGCUCUCUGAAGAUAUGUUUCAGUAUGUAUAAAGUAAUGUAGUUAUUGUGAAAACACACUCGUUGGUGGUUUGUAAAUCAUUGAAAAUUGCAAAUUUUGCCAAAUCGGCUCCCUCUUAGGCUACCUAGAAUCCAAUUACGCGAUUAUAGCCGAACUAACGACAGCGUGCCAUUCGUUUUUCCUUUUCGCUGUUUGACGCCAAUUGGUGAUACCAGCCAGUUUCUUCUCCACCUGAUCUUUCCAACGAAGUGAAUGUCUGCCUCUACCUCUGGUACUCAGGUAAAAUAAAUAAUAAUCGUUAGAAUUUUCAUACACAUGCGAAUGCCAUUUUGAAAAUGCCCAAUCAAUUUGUGUAUCCGCAGUUGUGGUUGUGGUUUCUAGAUUAAGCAGUAAACUAAAGUUUUUUUGUAAGAAUAUUUCUUAUUGUAGUCUCUGUAGACUUUAGACAAAUAUUAAAAUUCACAAAAAUUAUGAGUAGAGAGUUAUCAGUAGUUAGGACUUCUUGAAAUGCUGCAAUCAAAUGUUUGAGAGGAAUAGCCGCAUUUGUGUAAAGUACCAGAAUAUUAUUGUUGAAACAUUUAAUCAAAAAUGCUAAAACUUUGCGGUCUGAAUACAUUUUCUUUAUCUCAGUGUUAUCUAUCCUCAGCUCGUUUAUUAGAGUAGAUCCUCGUUGUUUUAAAAUGUUCACCAGCAUAACUCCAGAUU